AUCCCAACAUUCUUGAUGCGAAUGCUAGGAUUUUUGGCUAUGUACCUGCUGUUCCACCGCCUGCUGUUUCACUGCACGACCGGCCACAUUGUGGUUAAGGCAAGUGAUUCACUAGAUCAACCACAGAGGAACUGCCGCCUGCACAAACGAAUGGUCAAUCCGCGUGAGCUUCUCAACGAUUUUGCUGCAAUCAAGGGAGCAGGGACCGGUGGAGCUGCUCUUAAAAAUACUGCUAGAUCCGCUGACCGUGCAACUUCUUUUUAUGAAACUGGAGGAGCGUUGCCAGGAACGGGAACGGGAGCAGGAGCAGAUCCUAAGUCCAAGACGCCCUCCGAAAAGGACUGCGAGGUGCACACAAAGUGCAAUAUUAAGACGGUCAUCACGCCCGGCGAUCCCAAGCAGAAAUCCUCGAUGAUAGCCAUGAAAGCUGCCCAGGAUGCCAAGGCGGCCAGUGAGGCGCAAUCGGCGGCUGGCCAGGCGGCAGCCCAUCAUAUUAAGAUGGAGCUCGCGGAGAAGGCUUUCCAAUCGGCCAAGGCCGCCGAGGCCGCUCUGAUGGGCAAGCAGAUGAUGGUCGAUCAGCUGGAGCAGGAGGUCCAGGAAGCGGAUGCCGUGGUGGAGGAGGAGACCAACUCCAUCCACCACACGGAGGCCAAUAUGAAUGCCGCAGUUGAUGCGGUGAAAGUGGCCACCCAGCAAUUCGAGACGAUCAGUGAGCUGCAGAAGACCGCCAAGGAGGCUCUGGUCAAUAUCCAGACGGUGGCCCUCGGGACGCAACAGGAAAUGGCCGCCAAGACGCAGCUCCUGGAAGCCGCUCGCAAUCGGAUGGCCCUGCUCCAGAAACAGCUGCUGAGUGCCCACGACGACUACGAGCAGACCAAGCAGGCGGCUUACAAGGCAGCCUGUGCCGCCGUGGAGGCCAAACAAAGGGCGGGUCCCGCCCUCGCACCAUAUUAUAUUUUUUAAAAUUUUAUUACUUUAAUUGUUCAGUUAAUUCUUCCAUGCCUUCUAAAAAUAUUCCAGGUAAU